UAGCUGUGUUUCACGCAGUCGACUUGUUCUUGAGUUGAUCGACAGACGCGCGGACGGACGAUGGAGACGUUUAGAGAUCUCAGCACGUCAAAAAAGAUUCUGCACAUCGCGGGGGGUGUCGUGGCCGCGGCUGCCGUCGCCAUGGUGAUGAAGAAGAUUUUCUUCAGACGAGCAGCACGGGAAGCCAACCCACGUGACCUUGUCAUAUUACGUCAGGUCGGACGCGGCCCGUACGCACCAAGCAUGUCGCCUUUCCCGCUCAAAUUAGAAACUUUUCUCAGGAUGGCGAAAAUACCCUACCAGAGUGUGCACUCGUUGAAGAUGUCGUCGAAGGGGAAGACGCCGUGGAUACAGUACAACGACGACGACGUGGCUGACUCUGCGUUCUGCGUGGACUACCUCAACGACAAGUUCGGAGUGGACCUCAACGCAAAUCUCAGUCGUCAACAGAGAGCGGUGGCCAGAGCCUUCGAGAAGAUGGUCGAGGAGGGAACCUUGUAUUGGUCUCUAGCUCUGUAUCGGUGGGUGUACCCAGAUGACAGGUCUCUUGUGAAGAAAUCGCUAGGAAUUCCGUUCUUUGUCUUCUGGAUGAUCAGUCGAGCUGUGCGGAAGGCUGCCUGGGCCCAAGGCACGGGCCGGCACUCUGUUGAAGAAGUGGACCGCAUUAUGGAGGCCGACCUGACAGCUAUAGCAGAUUUCCUAGAUGAUAAGAUGUUUAUGUUUGGAGACACGCCGACUGAAGUGGAUUGCUGCCUGUUUGGUAUGUUCUGCCAGUUUCGCUACAACCUACGUGGCUUGAAACCAGAAAAAGUGUUUGAGAAAUUCCCCAAGCUGAUAAACUACUGUGACAGAAUAAAGACUCUAUAUUGGCCAGACUGGGAUGACAAAAUCACUCACGGGAAGUUCUCUGGUGUCGGCAGAAAAACGGUUAUCAGGGAGGAAGUAUUCAGACCCUAGCACCAGGAGCGGUUCCGGAACUGUACAGAGGGAGACCGAGUACCAUGUAUAUAAAGAUUGUAGCGAUACUACUAAUACAUUGAAAUAUGGGUUGUUGUCCUUCCUCCGGAGAGAAAACACUGAUGUCGUAACAAUAUGGGUUGUUGUCCUUCCUCCGGAGAGAAAACACUGAUGUCUUAACAAUAUGGGUUGUCGUCCUUCCUCCGGAGAGAAAACACUGAUGUCUUAACAAUAUGGGUUGUCGUCCUUCCUCCGGAGAGAAAACACUGAUGUCUUAACAAUAUGGGUUGUCGUCCUUCCUCCAGAGAGAAAACACUGAUGUCUUAACAAUAUGGGUUGUUGUCCUUCCUCCAGAGAGCAAACACUGACGUCUCAGCAAUCAGCAGCAGUGAGGGGAGGGAUUCACAUUUAAUAUGUUUAGUGAUAUGAAUACCUUGCGUUUAUUUUUAAUUCGUCACCACAUUUUAAAAUUAUCUUCUUAACCGUUUAAGCAGUUUUAGACUAUUAACUACUCAGUUGCCCUCACAAACAAAAAAUCCUAGCUACGGCCCUGCAUUUGCGUCAUAACUGACCAUGCGUGUAUACAUGCCUACAGUGGGCAUCACGACAUUUCGUGUUUUUAAUGUUUACUUGCUAAUAUUAAUUUCGUUCAUGUACGAAAGUACAGCACAAUGGAGUCGGUAAUUCAGACGUGUUCGCCACCUAUAUCGCGUCUGCUUGUUCAGUGUAUAUUAGUUCCCUUACCGUUAGCUGAUAAUGAACAUAGCCUGGACAAUUUUAAGUUUUGAGCAGAAAUGUUUAUUGUGAGUAUUGAUGACGUCAUCAUUGAGUGUAGCACAAGAACUAUUUUCAGUGCUUGUAUUGCUCGGCGCACACAUUAUUUUUAUUCCUAAUAUAUGAUAUUGAUGAUACCUAAACACACUAGGGUAUUAAUCUCUUUAUCAUAUAAUCUUAACAUAAUACAACGUGUUUUUGUAAACUGUAUACGCAACUUUAAUUCCAGUCAGCCAUUACCCGAUAUUGAAAUGGCGUAAGAAUAUGUGACGCCGUGUCUUGUUGAAUGGAAAUGACGUCAAACUCGAAUGACAUCAGUUUAGAUGUACAGACAUCAGUUUAGAUGCACAUACAUUCGUUAUUGAAGACGAAUACCAUUUUAUACUUAUGUGUCCUGUUUAUAAUACCAUUCGUAGAAGAUAUAUUCCUGAAUUUUAUACAAGAAAUCCUAGUAUGUUUAAAUUUAUUCAAUUAUGUAACAGUGAAAGUGUUCAGUUAUUGAGGAAACUAGCUCUGUUUUGCUAUAGAGCAUUUCAACACCGAAAUAAUAUAUUAUAUAAUUAAUUUAAAGCUUCUCCAGCAUAACUCAUGUAUAAUAUUAAUAUUAUUUGUGUGUGUCUAUAUCCUAAAGUAUUUAAUUGUGUUGUAUUAAUUAGCUUAUCCUCUUAUUAUUAUUACAUUGUUAGCAUUUAUAUAAUGAAAUGCAUGUAUAUAUACACCUCCUGUUUUAUAAUGUAUUUACUUAAUGUUAUUUUGUAUGCUCAAGGGCCAGUUGGCCUAAUGCAAUAAAGAAUAUAUAUAAGAAUAAA